AUGAUGUUUUAUAGAUACAUGGUAGAAACAUUGGCCGACGAUUCUGAAAAGACUGACUUUAUCGAUCGUUGGAAUUAUGAUAAUUCUAUUGCAAACGGGGUCGAGGAGUGUUUGGAAAUAUCUCUCAAGGAAAAUGGACAUGUCAUCGCCCAUAACAUCAAGUUUGUACACCCAUCGUUUGUAGAUAAACUAGAUGAUUAUCUUUUGGACGAGAUUGGUCACUACAGUCGUACAAACAUUUAUGAUUUGUUAAGAGUAUUUGUCAAAAAACAAUCAGCAGAACCAUCUGACACCACUUGUGAUUUAGAAAGUUGUUUAAUUCUAAAUUCUGUCAAUAGAUGUGUAUUUUCAAUGGCACGGAUUUGUCAAUACACCCAAGAUGACGGCCAAUAUCAUGCAAAAGAACAAUUCAUAUCGGUCAUGGAAAGGAUUAUUGAUUUAUUUAUCAAUUCAUUCCCCGAACAUUUUCAACAACAGUUUAGGUUCGUGAUGCCAAAUCGAUUUACAUUGGGUGAGAUUUUAUUCCCAACUCUCCUCGUCCAUCCUCGUUUACUCGCCAAAUUAUACAAUCAAAGAAUCUAUGGUGAAUACGAAGGAUCACACUGUCUCUUAUUCUCUGCAGCAAUGCCAUGUGAUAUAACAUUAUUUCGUAAUGUAUAUAAUUACUUUGCCACAGGAAUUGAAGAGUAUGAGAUCCUUCGGGUUUUGUCAAGGGUCAUCGAUGCAGGAAACUAUCAAUUUUUAGCAAAGAUGAUGAUAGAUGUUCCAUUAAAUAUUAGGUAUAAACAGCUCGUACCUGGAGAUAGACAAGAAGUUAUAGACAGAGUAUUCAAAAUAUAUUUUCAACUACGGUUAAAGGAAAAAGAUGAAAAUUUACAAGACUGUAAACAAUUUGCAGAUUUAUUUUUAAAUAUUAUUCCAAGCGAACAUCAAUCUCAAAUUCUCUAUUAUUCAUCUAGUUUGGAUGAUGUCCAAUUUGAUCAAUUGUGGAACCAAUUUAUGAUUGGAUGGAGACUUGUUUGGUUGUUUGAAUCACGUACGACCAGUUUGGAGUACGAUUCUCAAUUCUUUGCCAAUUUAGAGAGAAUUUUCGAUAAAUUAAAAUCGAUGCAAUUGAAAUGUUUUGGAAAGAUAGAAACCAGAAUAUCUCCACCUCCUCUAGCUAGAAGAUAUGUAGGAAUGUUAAAACAUUGCCUUGAAAAAUAUUAUUAUCAACCAUUCUCUCAAGAACAUUCAAUAGUCGACCAUUAUUCAAAAUUACAAGUUGAAUCUUUUUUAAAAUAUAUUUAUAUUCCAAGAUAA